AAUGUCGCAACGCGAAUGGCCAGCAAGCUCAGCUUUUCGUUCGAGAAUCGAUUUCUACCAACGCGAUACGCGCCUGACAAGAGCUUUCGCUCAGUGUUCAACAUGUCCGACGAAGAGCAGGAUAUUCGUAUACCAUAUUCGUCUCCUGAGAACGCGUCUUUCACUACCGCGAGCGAUUCGUUGCUGAACACGUGCCUGACGCCGAGUGAAUGUAGCGACAUUGUUCAGAAGGAAGCUGAAAAGUCGUGCUACUUCACGCCGUCAUCCGGAUCCAAGAGGUUCCUACAGUGGAGACAGAUGGACCAUCGUUCUCCGAGGGAUUCUCCGUUCUGCACGGCCGUGCUGAAAACGAUGUUGGCCAACGAGAGCACGUCGAGAACGUCACCGUGCGACGAAUCGUUGGUCAGGCAAAUAGACAUGCUCAACUUGUCCUCGCCGGGAUCUCCACGCGCGUCUGCGACGCCUACGAAGGCGGACACGACCCUGACGAACCUGGAAAGCAUCCCUGAGAGAAGAGAAGACAUCCGUGAAGAUCCGCCAGCGCGAUUUUCGCCCACGAAAUACACGAGGAUGGAUGCGGAGAAACCGCGGAUUGUCGACCGCGACGAAAUCUCGGCGAAGGACAAGACGAAGGACGAGUUGACAUCCGAUUACUCGACCAUGGAGUCGAACAACGUCGACUCGGACAACGACGGUUCGUCGUCGAAGGUGACGUCCGACAGUUCGAUCGAUCAGCUUCCGCCGCGAGAGACGAAACAAAGCGACCGCCCGUGCCGAGAGAACGCGAUCGUCGGUUUCGCAGAACCGACGACAAAGGGAGCUCGUAAUCCUAUGAAUGCGAAAUCGACUCGCAUAGCCGAUCACUCGGCGACCUCGUCCGGCAAGCCGAGCUUUAUUGGGGACGGCGAGGUGUUCGAAAAUGACACGUUCGACGAUCUAUACAGCCGUAACGUCGAAUUGGCGCAGAAUUACGUAGAGCAAAUGAUGGCCAAGGAGCAGGAAGGCGGUUGCUUUCUGAGUAAUUUAUCAAGAAAGAUCGUAAACAUAUCGGCGCUGUGCCGAUCGCCUCAACGGUCGAAAAAAUCGAAGGAGAGGAAUCAGGACCGCGCGGACGUGAGAACGAGUUCGCCGGUGCAAGAAAGUGCGAUAAUGUCAACGGACGUUCUAGAAGAGAGAAGCCCGAUCCUUAAACUGCGCUUCGUGACGUCCAGGAAAAAGAGACAGGUCCAGAUACCUCCUGAUAGACUCAGAUCAGAUGUCCCGUUUCCACCGUCGCACAAAAUGACAGUGGCAGAAGUCUUCGACGAACGAACAGGAUCUCCACGGCCGGAGGUCCUGAAGCAACACUUUAUCCUCGAAGGUAGGAUCGACGAGGCCGCGGCUCUUCGUAUAAUUAACGAUGGAGCCGCCCUUCUACGCUCGGAGAAGACUAUGAUAGACAUCGAGGCUCCGGUCACCGUAUGCGGCGACAUUCACGGACAGUUCUACGACCUGAUGAAAUUAUUCGAGGUGGGCGGUCCACCCUCCUCGACAAAGUAUCUCUUCCUCGGCGACUAUGUUGACAGGGGUUAUUUCAGUAUCGAGUGCGUAUUGUACCUGUGGGCGCUGAAACUGUGCCAUCCCACAACACUUUUUCUCCUCAGAGGUAACCACGAGUGCCGUCAUCUCACGGAAUACUUCACAUUUAAGCAGGAAUGUAAAAUAAAAUACUCCGAGAGGGUGUACGACGCGUGCAUGGAUGCCUUCGACUGUUUGCCGCUCGCCGCCCUCAUGAACCAACAGUUCCUUUGCGUACACGGCGGCCUGUCGCCGGAAAUUCACAAUUUAGAAGACAUUCGCAAACUGGACAGGUUCAAAGAGCCGCCGGCGUUCGGACCGAUGUGCGAUCUCCUCUGGUCGGAUCCUCUCGAGGACUUCGGCAACGAGAAGAACGCGGAGCAUUUCUCCCACAAUAGCGUCAGGGGUUGUUCAUACUUUUACAGUUACGCGGCGUGUUGCGACUUUCUGCAAAACAACAAUUUGCUCAGCAUCAUAAGGGCGCACGAGGCUCAGGACGCCGGAUAUCGCAUGUACCGAAAGUCCCAGACGACGGGCUUCCCGUCGCUUAUCACCAUCUUCAGCGCGCCCAACUAUCUCGACGUGUACAACAACAAGGCGGCGGUUUUAAAGUACGAGAACAACGUGAUGAAUAUCAGGCAGUUCAAUUGCUCGCCACACCCGUACUGGUUGCCCAAUUUCAUGGACGUUUUCACAUGGUCCCUACCGUUUGUCGGCGAGAAAGUCACAGAAAUGUUGGUGAACGUGCUGAACAUUUGCUCGGACGACGAGCUGAUGAGCGACGGCGAUGAAGGUCUCGAGGAAGAUGUCGCAGCCAAAGUCGUUGUCAAAAAAAAGAAUGGUGCAGCAGCCAAUCUACGUAAGGAAGUGAUCAGAAACAAGAUUAGAGCCAUCGGCAAGAUGGCACGGGUGUUCUCCGUCCUGAGAGAGGAGAGCGAGAGCGUGCUGCAGUUGAAGGGCUUGACGCCGACUGGAGCUUUACCGCUCGGUGCAUUAUCUGGUGGCAAAACCUCUCUGAAAAACGCUCUCCAAGGCUUCUCGCCGAAUCACAAAAUCACCUCGUUCGCCGAGGCCAAGGGCUUGGACGCCAUAAACGAAAGAAUGCCACCGAGGAAAGACGCACCGCCCACGCCGGUGAACGAGGAGAAAGCCGUGACAAAGCCGCCGCCUCCUGCGGGAGACAAGCGGGACCACAACAUACCGCAACCGCAGUCGUGAGCCCCACACUCGUCCAAUCAAGAUGGCGGAUGGAUGGACGGGUCAUAAGAUCCCGGCGCUAUCGCCGCCACCACCGAACAUUUGCAAACCAUUGCUCGUCUCUCCCCCCUGCCCCCCUCCGGCUGUUACAACCAGUGCGCCGUUUAUCGAGGAGUCAGGAGAAACCAUCGCCGUCGCAAGAGGAAGAUCAGAGGAACGGACGGACAGACGGUCGCGAAGCGAAAGCGAUUUUUUCGUCGAUGCGAUUUUCAACGAGCAUCGUCAUCGGUCCCGGUGCGCGCAUAGCGGAAGAAAGCAGCAGCAGUCAAGGAAAAGAGGGCCGCGUGAAACAUCGAGAGACGUCCAGCCGGACGUUUCGUAGCCUCCUCUUCUUCGAGGAAUUUGCCUCCGUAUCUCUUUUUCGCGCACACUGCGCCCGCGAAUGGAGAACGAAAACGUUUAGCCUCCUUUCUGCGAUGAGCCGCGCGCGUGCGACGUUCUCCGAUCUCUCGCCGUUCGCGCAAUUAUUCCUUGCUCUCUUUUCUCUCUAUCUUGCUCUCUCGCGCUCUCUCCUUACCCCUCGCUCACUCCGACUCUCGCAAUUCCUCGCUUUUCUCCUCUUCCCAGCAUUCAUGAACGUGUACACCACGUAUUUCUCGCGGAUUAAUCGACCCAUGUACAUACGCACGCGCGCGUGUACGAACGUAUCAACGACAAGCGGAACGUAGAGAGCGAUAUAUCUUGUAGGUAGAUUCGUUUACACGUCGAGCGAAUCGGAUGUUCAUGUACGGGGAAGGACGACUUCCCCCCCCCCCCCCCGGCGUCUCCGCCGGGCACCAUUUCUCUCGUGUCUUUUCUUCUUUCUCCGGCACGAAAAAAGCGAGGAGAGAACGAAACGAACGGCUCGCGCGCGGUUACGUCUAUCUAAUGAGAGGAAUCGCAUAGACAGUGUGAAAGAGAGAGAAUGAGAGGGAGAGAAAGAGAAAGAGAGAACGGACGAGCGGUCUCCGCCAAAGAAACAAAGAAGGCAGCUGGCCUGUCGUCACGGCGGAGCUUCCGGUUUUAGGAUUUUACUAGGUUCUUAAGAUGUGUCCGCCCUGGAUGACGCGUAAGGGCAUCCCCCGCGCCACGGGGUGGGGUUACUUAAAUCUUAAGUCGAGCUAAGCUUAGGGCUAAGUCGUAAAUUAUAUAUAUAUAUAUAUAUACAUAUAUAUAUAUAUAUAUAUAUAUAUAUAUAUAUA